AUGAUAAUGAUAAAUCAAGGCGAGUUUGAAAAAGAGUUCUCCUUUGGAGACUGUGGAGGUAAAGAAGAAUUCCUUUGUACGAAUACAAAAUCCAUCUAUUUACACUUGUCUUCUCUAGCGCAGUCAGAUGCCGUCAUCCACAAUGAAACGUCUCCUUGGUCACGCAUCCGUUCUUCCAGACUGCAGGCUUACUCGCCUGCUGAUUUCCUGCUUCAGCUUUGGUGGCCGGCUCUUGUCACUCAUUUUUCGCCCUUUAUGGUUUCUCCUAUUCCUCUCCUCGCAUCCUUGGCUGUCUUUGCGCGUGGCACAACGGCGCAAAUAUCCUCCAUAUCCGCAUCGCCUGUACCUAAGGACUCUUCAAGCACAGGGCAAACCAGCCAAAACACUACUGCCACUUCGACUACGUCAAGCACCUCGACUGCCUCGACCACUGCAGAAGACCUCACUGUAGUAGCGGGUGGAGCAACUUUGUCCAACAAUGCUACCCUAUCAGCCACAACGUCUGCUCGGCCACAGGCCUCGAACACAACGCCCUGCAAUGGUUACACGGAGUUCUGCGACCGCAGAUUCUCCAAUGUCUCAAUGGUGGUGGCGCACAAUAGCCCGUUUGUAAGACAAAACAAUGCCGCUAGUAAUCAAGUCUAUCCCGUCUUGACGCAACUUGACAAUGGAAUUCGUGGCUUGUCAUUCGAGACCCAAAAACCCAACUCGACGUCUGCGAUUCGUCUUUGCCAUACGUCCUGUAAUAUUCUUGACGUCGGUACCCUUGAGUCCUAUCUAGCCACAGUGAGAGGCUGGCUCGCAGACCAUCCGUACGAGGUCAUUACGAUCAUGAUGGGCAACAACAAUGGCCAAGAUAGCCGUAUAUCCGUCACUGAUUAUAUCGCACCUUUCCAGGAUUCCGGCAUCUUGCAAUAUCUUUGGACACCGCCCUCGAGUACCCUGAGCCUGAGUGAAUGGCCCACGCUAGCAGAGAUGAUUAUUAAGAACAAGCGCGUGGUGGUAAUGCUCGACUACGGUACCGACCAAAACACCGUCCCCUGGCUGCUCAGCGCGUUCAAUUAUUAUUGGGAAACCCCCUUUUCCCCGACCGAUCCAGCCUUCCCAUGUACCCAACAACGCCCACCAAAUCAAGCCGAAGGAAUCUCCCGGGAACGCAUGUACCUGAUGAACCACAAUCUCAACAUUGAGAUUACUCUUUUGGGUAAAGGCGGGAUUCUGGUACCUGCCUACGGGCUUCUCGAUCAGGUCAAUGCUGACUCUGGCAAUGGCAGCGUGGGCCUGAAUGCAAAGCAGUGCGAGGAUACGUGGGGGAGGCCGCCGAAUUGGAUCUUGGUGGACUAUUACAACUUUGGCAAUUUUAACGGGAGUGUCUUCAAAGUGGCUGCGGAAGCGAAUGGCGUUGGCUAUGACCGGCGGUCCUGUUGUGGGUCGGGAGUGACGACUGCCAGUCGUGCUACUGGGUCAAAGUCGCGGGACGUCUUUGCCAUGUCCUUGUUCGUUGUAGUGGCCUAUUUUCUGUUGUAA